ACUACGAUGAGCUGAACAUUAACGUCAAACAAAACCAGGAUAUUAUUUUUCUCACAUUUUUCUCGGCCUGGACUAAGGGGAAUUAUUGUAAAAGAUGAAAAAUGUACAAUGCUAGAGAAUGGUAUGACCGGAAUGCCGUCCCAGAUGUGCGUGGGGGGUCCCCGGCAGGUCCAACCACCCCCACCCAUGUAUACAGAGCCCCCUAAGCUGGCCCAUGCCCCUCAUACACAGCAUGUCCACGUACCCCAGAAUCAUGUACCUCCAGCUACCACUCAGCCAUAUCCAACACCUUGCAGUGUACCACCUAUGAAUCAUGGGAUACAUAUGCCUCCUCAUCUUCCAUAUAACAACAUGAAUAACUUGAUCAACCAUACUAAGAAGCGCAAGAUUGACUGUCCCCCAAGCACUGUGACAAACAUGAUACCAAACAUACAAUCUAGUUUGAAUGGCAUAAUCAAUAACAUCAAACAAGAGCCAGGAUGUCUACCAGAUUGUACAGAAGAUGACUAUACAUAUGACCCUCCAUCAGACUCGAGUCCCCCGUCAAUGUACCUGGAGAACCAAUACCAGGUGAUCAAGUGGCAGGGAUUCCAAACGUCAAAAUGGAUGCCACUGUUAGACCCAAAUAUGAAGGAAUUACCUACACCCAGCUAUAGAGUAGAUGCGGAUAAAGGAUUCAACUUUUCUGUCUCCGAUGACUCAUUUGUGUGUCAGAAAAAGAACCAUUUCCAGGUGACAGUCCACAUCGGCGUUACAGGCAAACCAGAAUAUGUUAGAACUCCAGAUGGGGUGAAAAAAAUUGACAAAUUUUUCCUAUAUUUUAAUGGAAUAAAGAUGGAAUCUCCUAAUCAACUCAUCAAGAUUGAGCAGUCACAAUCAGAUAGAACCAAGAAAGCCUUCUACCCAGUAGAGGUUUCCUUGCCAGCAGACCAAGUUACCAAGGUAACUGUUGGUAGGCUACACUUCAGUGAAACAACGUCCAAUAACAUGCGCAAGAAGGGAAAGCCAAACCCAGACCAGCGCUACUUCAUGUGUGUGGUGUCAUUGAAGGCCCACUGUGGGGAUGACAAAUAUGUCAUAGCUGCACAAGUCUGCGAGAGAAUCAUUGUCAGGGCAUCUAAUCCAGGUCAAUUUGACAGCGACGUAGAUGUUCAGUGGCAGAAAGGCCAGAACUCAGACGCCAUCUAUCAUGCUGGUCGGGUUGGAAUCAACACGGAUAGACCAGAUGAGGCUCUGGUUGUCAAUGGCAACUUGAAAGUGCAGGGGGUUGUGAUUCAACCAUCUGAUCAGAGAGUCAAGACAGAUAUAAGAGAAAUUGAUCCCAAAUCACAAUUAAAAAAUAUAAACGAUCUCCGAAUUUGUUCCUGGAAGUUCAAGGAUGAAUUUGCAAAGGCUGCUGGGAUUCCCGAGGACAGUAUCAAUGAUACAGGUGUCCUGGCACAAGAAGUCAAGGUCAUAUUACCCGAUGCUGUGCGGGAAACUGGUGAUGUUGUCUUGUCAAAUGGAGAAGUUGUUGAUAACUUUCUUGUGGUCAAUAAGGACCGGAUCUUCAUGGAAGGAGUCGGUGCUGUAAAAGAACUCUGCAAAUUGACUGAUAAUUUAGAAAACAGAAUAGAUGAACUUGAAAAAAUGAAUAAAAAAUUAUCCAAAGCCCAAAUUAAACGAAUGGAUAGUUUGAAAUCAAAUGCCAGCUCUAAAUCUGCAACCAGCAGCAUAAGGAGCAAUAGUUAUCAUAAGGACAAAAGUAAAGAAUUCAGUGAUAAAAAAUCUUCAAGUAAUACAGCCAGUAGCACUACAAAUGCAACAACAACAACUACUACUACUAAUGGCAAAAAUGGGCAAACAUUGCGGCAGAAUCCACCUGCUGAGGAGUCUGGUAUAUGUAGCAAUAAGUUCAUACAGAUCACUGUCGUUGUCUUAGUUCUCGUCAUGGCAUUCUGCUUGGUUUCCAUAACAACACUGUAUAUCCUAGAGCGCAAUAAACAGCAAAAUCAACCCCCAGGCAAAGUAGAGGAAAUAAGGAAUUCACCUGGGACAACCAAUCUUCCUACUAGACCUACAGAUAUUGUAAGCCAGACCUCUACAACACAUUCCACUACUACAAUGCCAAAUAUACACACAACAAGAUUACCAUUAAAGUCACUGCUGCCUGUUAAGUGCCUUCAGCCAAUGCAAUGCCAGGAAUUCUGUUGCCCCGCCCCUCCAUUGGAUGAUCUGCCAUACCAACCCAACCCACCCAACACUCAAACAACUAAAAAUCAUACUACUGUCAUAGUAUAUCAUGGGGGUGACAAAGGUCCACGGUAUGGUAUCGAAGAUAACACUAAUGGUGACACUGAAAAAUCUAAACAGAAAGCAAUUGACCCUAAUGUUGCUGUACAUGAUGAUGAUGCCCAUAAUGAACUGCCAGAUUUGUACAGUGAAAUGCCACAACCAACACUAGGGGAGCCCAACUUUCAGCUGGCGAAUGAUAUUGUCAUUGUGCCCUAUGAUAAUGGUCCAUUUGUGAGGAAGCGGCGAGGUUCAGCUGAUGACCUACUUCCAACAGACAUGUUCCUCGUCCAGUUUAAUAUGUCUAUAGGAGAUAACUACUGCCAGGAGAAUUCCUGUUACCAGGGUGGAAGCUGUCGUAAUUUCACAUGUAGCUUGCCACUAAGCCACCUUGUCCCUGCAGAGUCUCUAACAUUACAGAUCAAAUAUGAGGGUGAAGUUGAUGUGAAGAUGUGUAAUCAUGUGCUUCAACAGUGGUGCCACUCUGAGGCUGAAGCUGGGACACCCAGGGGUUCACAGUUAGAGUGGAGUUUACCUGUUGGCUUUUACUUCAAGAGUAAAUACAGAUUCAGGGUUUCCAAGUCUCCUAUAGAGAAUAUAUGUAGCGUAUCAAGUUCCAGUGGAACAGACUUCACAGAGUUCAACUUAAACUUUUACAGGGACUGCCCUCCCUCUUCAUAGCAUAAGGAACAUUCCAAGAUGUGAGUGUACAUAGUAUUGUAAUAUAGAGAUAUAUGGAGAUACAACUACUUAUAAAUGUAUAUAAUCAUAUAUAUGACCAUAAUAUAGAACUAUAUGACUGUAAUAUAACACAGAAUAAAAUCCUAUGCUCUUUAAUAUAGAACUGUAUAUAAACUGUAACAUACAACUAUAUGAAUAUAUAGAUGAAUUUUAUUAUAUAUCUAAUAUUGACCAAGAAACUAAGUAACUAAUAUACAGUAUAUAUUAGCAUAUAUUUUGGAUAAAGGACUACAAGGUGUAAUGGAUUAUAGAUGGCAUCCUCGUAUUAAGACAAGGAAAGUCACUAAAUUGGAAGACUUGAUAUCUAUAAACUAUAUGGACUUGAAUUCAAUAAUCUAUACUGUGAAAUCUGUUAAGUGGAACACUUUCCAGAGUACCAAGACCAACUGACUUAAUGUUAGAUUAACCUCUAUAAGUGGAACACCUCCCAAGUGGAUCACUUUUUAGAGG